CUCCCCCCUCGGCUGAGAUUUGCAGCUGGACCAGCGCUCGGCGAGCCCUCUCCAUCCUUGCAGCAUGUAGCCGCUGCGAUGUCAGCCGCAGCAUCCCCGGGGCUGUAGACAACCGGCUCCCCCCACCCUUGCCCUGCCCCCCUUCCCUCCGAUCCUCUCCUGGGGGGGCACAUUAGGCAGAAGAAGCUCCCCCCUUCCCCUCCUCUCGACUGGAUCCGGGCCAAGCCGGAGAGGGGGAGCGAGAGAAAGAGAGAGAACCCCACAAUUCCACCCCACGUUUGAUCUUCCCGCAGCGGAUUCCCUUUCCCCGCUCCCCACCUCAGCCUCUCCUCGCUUCUACCAUGGCCUGGUUCCCUUUCUGCGGCGGGGACACCCGUUGUGCCAGGCUCUGACAAGGACUGUGUCUCUGCCUCUUCCAUGGCUCGGUCCCCUGGCUGGCCUCUACAACAUCUGUUGGCCCUUCCCCCUGGGGCUCUGUAGAAUGAACCCAGGACACCGCUGGGACUGAGCAGGUUUCUCCUUCUGUCUACCAGGCUGAACUAGAUCAAGGCAACUCUUCACUCCACACACCCCUGCCAAGUGUUGCCUAGCCUGGGUGAGGCUCACCUCCACCAUGGGAGACAUAGCCAACAGCUCGGUGGAUUUCUACCCCAAAAGCCAGCAGCGAGAGAUGAACCAUGCAGGCGGGUUUGGCUGCACCCUGUCCGAGCUGCGCUCCCUUAUGGAGCUGCGUGGGGCAGAGGCACUCCAGAAAGUCCAGGAGACCUACACGGAUGUCAAUGGGCUCUGCAGGAGACUCAAGACCUCCCCCACUGAAGGGCUCUCAGACAAUGUGGCCGACCUGGAAAAAAGAAGGCAGAUCUACGGACAAAACUUCAUCCCCCCAAAGAAGCCCAAGACCUUCUUGCAGUUAGUAUGGGAGGCACUCCAGGAUGUGACACUGAUCAUUCUCGAAAUUGCUGCCAUCAUCUCCCUGGGGUUGUCUUUUUAUGCUCCACCAGGCGAAGAAAGUGAAGCCUGUGGGAAUGUGGCAGCUGGUGCAGAGGAUGAGGGCGAGUCAGAAGCUGGCUGGAUUGAAGGUGCUGCCAUCCUGCUCUCGGUGAUCUGUGUGGUGUUGGUGACAGCCUUCAAUGACUGGAGCAAGGAGAAGCAGUUCCGAGGUCUGCAGAGCCGCAUUGAGCAGGAGCAGAAAUUCACUGUCAUCCGCAAUGGGCAACAGGUCCAGAUCCCUGUGGCUGAACUGGUGGUGGGAGACAUUGCUCAAGUCAAAUACGGUGAUCUGCUUCCCGCAGAUGGGGUGCUCAUCCAGGGGAAUGAUCUCAAGAUCGAUGAAAGCUCCUUAACAGGGGAAUCAGAUCAUGUGCGCAAGUCAGCGGACAAGGACCCCAUGCUGCUGUCAGGCACUCACGUCAUGGAAGGCUCUGGGCGAAUGGUUGUCUCAGCCGUUGGGGUCAACUCACAAACUGGGAUCAUCUUCACUUUGCUGGGUGCUGGUGGGGAAGAAGAGGAAAAGAAAGAUAAGAAAGGGAAGCAACAGGAUGGGGCAGUGGAGAAUAAUCAAAACAAAGCCAAAAAGCAGGAUGGAGCAGUCGCCAUGGAGAUGCAACCCCUGAAAAGUGCUGAGGGUGGUGAGAUGGAAGAGCGGGAGAAGAAGAAAUCCAGCGUGCCAAAAAAAGAAAAAUCUGUUCUGCAGGGGAAGCUCACCAAACUGGCUGUGCAAAUUGGAAAAGCAGGCCUGGUGAUGUCAGCUUUCACCGUCAUCAUCCUAGUCCUGUAUUUUGUUAUUGAGACAUUUGUUGUCCAAGGCCGGACGUGGUUGGCCGAGUGCACCCCCGUCUAUGUGCAGUACUUAGUCAAAUUCUUCAUCAUCGGUGUUACCGUCCUGGUGGUGGCCGUGCCUGAAGGCCUGCCAUUGGCUGUCACUAUCUCCUUAGCCUAUUCUGUCAAGAAAAUGAUGAAGGACAAUAACCUGGUUCGGCACCUGGAUGCCUGCGAGACCAUGGGCAAUGCCACAGCCAUUUGCUCAGACAAGACAGGCACCCUCACCACCAACCGCAUGACCGUUGUGCAGUCCUACAUGGGUGACACUCACUACAAGGAGACCCCUGACCCCAGCAACCUGACACCCAAGACACUGGAUCUGCUGGUGCAUGCCAUCGCCAUCAACAGUGCCUACACCACCAAGAUACUACCUCCAGAGCAGGAAGGGGGCCUGCCACGCCAAGUAGGCAACAAGACAGAGUGUGCCCUGCUGGGCUUUGUGGUCAACUUGCAGCGUGACUACCAGCCUGUGCGCGAACAGAUCCCUGAGGAGAAGCUCUACAAAGUCUACACCUUCAAUUCUGUCCGCAAGUCCAUGAGCACUGUCACUUGCAUGCCCGAUGGUGGCUACCGCCUCUUCAGCAAAGGCGCCUCUGAAAUCGUCCUCAAAAAGUGCACCAACAUUCUAAAUAGCAAUGGGGAGCUGCGUAGCUUCCGACCCCGCGACCGAGAUGAAAUGGUAAAGAAGGUGAUAGAGCCCAUGGCGUGUGAUGGGCUGCGAACCAUCUGCAUAGCCUACCGCGAUUUCCCAGCAGGGAAGGAGCCCGAAUGGGACAACGAGAAUGAUAUUGUGAUAGACUUGACCUGCAUUGCUGUAGUGGGGAUUGAGGACCCCGUGCGGCCGGAGGUGCCAGAUGCCAUCCUCAAAUGCCAGCGUGCUGGCAUCACUGUCCGCAUGGUGACAGGAGACAACAUCAACACAGCCCGGGCCAUUGCUGCCAAAUGUGGCAUUAUCCAGCCAGGGGAGGACUUCUUGUGCCUGGAAGGAAAGGAGUUCAAUCGACGGAUACGUAAUGAAAAGGGGGAGAUUGAACAAGAACGCCUUGACAAAAUUUGGCCAAAGCUGCGGGUUCUGGCUCGGUCAUCACCCACAGACAAACAUACCCUGGUAAAAGGCAUAAUUGACAGCACUAUUGGGGAGCAGCGCCAAGUGGUUGCUGUCACUGGUGAUGGGACCAAUGAUGGACCAGCACUCAAGAAGGCUGAUGUGGGCUUUGCCAUGGGCAUAGCAGGCACUGACGUGGCGAAGGAGGCCUCUGAUAUCAUCCUAACAGACGACAACUUCUCCAGCAUUGUCAGGGCAGUGAUGUGGGGCCGCAACGUUUACGACAGCAUCUCCAAAUUCCUGCAGUUCCAGCUCACAGUCAACGUGGUGGCCGUCAUCGUGGCAUUCACUGGUGCCUGCAUCACACAGGACUCCCCACUCAAGGCAGUUCAGAUGCUCUGGGUGAACCUGAUCAUGGACACCUUUGCCUCCCUGGCUCUUGCCACUGAGCCCCCCACUGAGGCCCUGCUGCUCCGCAAGCCAUAUGGACGCAACAAGCCUCUUAUCUCCCGCACCAUGAUGAAGAACAUUUUGGGCCACGGAGUGUACCAGCUUACCAUCAUCUUCACCCUCCUCUUCGUGGGUGAGGUUAUCUUUGACAUCGACAGCGGCCGCAAUGCCCCCCUGCACUCCCCACCCUCGGAGCACUACACCAUCAUCUUCAACACCUUUGUCAUGAUGCAGCUCUUCAAUGAGAUCAAUGCCCGCAAAAUCCAUGGUGAACGCAAUGUCUUUGAUGGCAUCUUUGGAAACCCCAUCUUCUGUAGCAUUGUGCUUGGCACCUUUGGCAUACAGAUCGUCAUUGUGCAAUUUGGGGGGAAGCCAUUCAGCUGUUCCCCACUCAACGCAGAGCAGUGGCUCUGGUGUCUCUUCGUGGGCCUUGGAGAGCUUGUUUGGGGACAGGUCAUUGCCACCAUCCCCACCAGCCAUCUGAAGUGCUUGAAAGAAGCAGGGCAUGGUCCUGGCAAGGAUGAGAUCACGGAUGAGGAGAUGGCUGAGGACGAAGAGGAAAUUGACCAUGCUGAGAGGGAGCUGCGCCGCGGCCAGAUCCUCUGGUUCCGUGGCCUCAAUCGCAUCCAGACCCAGAUGGAGGUAGUUAGCACCUUCAAGAGAAGUGGCUCCUUUCAGGGGGCUGUCCGACGCCGUUCUUCCGUCCUCAGCCAACUGCACGAUGUAACCAAUAUUUCUACCCCCACUCACAUCCGCGUAGUGAAAGCGUUCCGUAGCUCCCUCUACGAAGGGCUGGAGAAGCCGGAUACAAAGACCUCCAUCCAUAACUUCAUGACGACGCCCGAGUUCUUGAUCAAUGACUACAUCCACAACAUCCCCCUCAUUGAUGAUACAGAUGUGGAGGAGAGCGAGGGUCCCCCGAGACGGCGCUUCCGGGCCAGCCCCCCACCAUCCCCCAACAAGAACAACAAUGCCAUUGACAGCGGCAUCUACUUAAGCACUGAUGUCAGCAAGACACCUACCUCCUCAUCCAGCCCAGUUAGCCCGCUCCACAGCAUGGAAACCUCCCUCUAACACAACCCUACCAUGCAAGUGGUCGAAAUGACUUUGUGCACAGCAGGGGUAUCCAGUUCCUUCUGGGAGAUAAGGACUAACUGAGAGAGUCAGGAAGGAAAAUGAGCCGGAGAUGGAGUUUCUCCUCUUGACGCUGGAGAUUUUUCUCUCUCUCUCACUGGGGUGGGAAACGGACAAAGAUUUCCGCCACUGGAUGGCUCAGGCAAAUGAAGAAGAGAAACUAAGUUGAUGCAAUGAAUGUGAUAGUGCAUACUGUGGAUGGGGAGGGGAGAUAUGUUUUCUUCAGAGUCACCCAUGAGGGAUUUGGGCUGAGUCCUGGAGGGUGUACAGGAAAAAUCACCCAUUUCUCUAGUCUGUUCUUUGUUUCUCUUUGGACACUAAACACACUCACCGAACCCACAAUGAUCCCCCUUUUAGGGGUUGCUUUGUUUUAUUUCUGGGACCUCUUUUCAGCUUUUUCUUUUCCAAAAUUUAAAAAAGGAACUAUAUUUGCACCGGAAAACGAACAACAAAAAGGAAGAAAAAAAAGGAAUAAUCUAGACAACUAUUAUCCUAAAUAUAUAUAUAUGAUACCAACCAACAGAUGUAUUAACGGACCUUCUGACCAUAACGCAUGCCUGUUAUCAAACCCUCCUUUCUCCUUCCCCCUCCCCGAUGGAAUUUCAAUCUGGGGCAAUUUUGUUUUUGUUUUUUAAUCAUUGCUCGCUGUAGCUUGUAUUUUAUAACAGGGUUUGCCAGGAAAGGAAAAUGAAGGAUUUCUUUUUGGGAGGGGGAGUUGACUGUGGGUCAGUUGCUGAGUAACUGAGAAACUGAAGCCCUGUUGGGCUAAGUGCUGCAUUGUUGCAGAGUGACUGAAAUUAUUAGGGUCUGGUUACAGUGACCUACGUUUGAGCCUUUUCAGACAGUUAUCCAGAAACAGUAGCCAAAAUGGGGGCCGCAUUGGAAUGGGGGCCCCAUUGGAAUGGGGCACUGCCCACCAAACCCCCUGAAGUGCUCACAAUCCAAAUGCUUCCUAUAGCUGGUAAUUUAGUCAGUUUCCAAGAAAUAUCUGAGCAAGGGAGAGUGUUUAUGGGGGGAAAGGUAGACUGUAUUUUUUCUUUUCACGCACCAGAGAAAAGGCAGCAAUGCCUUUCCUGGUACUUUGGGUUAUUAAAUCAGAGCAUUGGGCAAGACUGCCCAGUCUGUACUGUUCUGCAAGGGAUCUGUCAAAGAAGUUGUAUUUCAGAGAAAUGUACCUUUGAUUUUGAAAACAAAGUAGGUUUCCAGCCCCCAUGGUUGUGGAGAGACAUUUGAAAACAUGGAGGCAGUGUCUGCAGAAGGCUGCAGUGCCCAGUGGCCUAUAUCCAGUAGUUUUGACUGCUCAUUCAUCCCUUGUGGCUUCUUCUUUUAAUUUAAUAUUAUAGAUUUGUUUUCAGCCUUAUUCCAGGGUCCAGUCAUGUUCCUAUGCUUUCCAAUGUCCCCUUUUUGCACUAUUUGGGAGGACUGCAUGCUGCUUUCCAACCUGCUCAAGAGACACAUGAACUCUGGACUGCAUGGGCCACAGCUCUGGCUGGAAUCCACACCUCCUUGCCUCAGGGCCGUCCUUCACACAUUAUGUUCUGCUUUAUCCUCUCCCUGCCCCAGAGAGAGAGAGAGAUGUAACCUGUUAGUCAGGAGCUCAUGCAGUUCAGCCUCAGCAAGAUCCAAUAGGUACCUUUGAGAUGGAGGCGACUCUACCAUAAAGCAUCAUGGUGGCAGCUGCCUCCCACAAAGGAUUUGGAGCUCAAUUAAGACUGGCGAGGUGGGAGUCAGACAAGACUGGGCCACGGGGCACAAUCCGCCAGGAACUUACUCCCUGCAAGCAUCACUGAGAUGAGUGAGCACUACCAUACUAUUGUAUAGCUUCUGUCCAUUUAAGUGAAGGCUGGUCAGCAGAACAUUCUGAUGGAUUGUGCCCCAUGUUAAUUAACAGGAGGACAGUGAAUACCAUUUAUAGUCUCAACCUUAUCUACCAAGAUGGGCUGGGCCAGCCCCAGAGUAUAGAAAUUGCUGCUGCUGCUGCAGAGUGUGCAUUCCUGGCCAGGGCAUAGGUAGGGAAGAGGGGCCGUGUUCCUCCCUCUCUCUGGCGGCCCCCCAGAGUGAGGGAGAUAAUGAAGAAAAUAGGGAGGGGUGGAUCUGGAGGGCCCUCAGGAGCUGGGGGCCCGUGUUCUUUGAACCCCUUCGCUUAAUUAUAGCUACGCCCCUGCUCCUGGCUCACCUGCUGCACUGGUCCUACUUACUAUGAGUAGGCCAUACUCCUGAGGGUAAAAAGAAGGAACUAAUUUCUUAUAUAUUUAUAAUUCACCCUUCUUCCAAAGAGCUCAGGGUAGCCUAUAAAGGGUUAUUUAAUUUUAUCCCCUCAAUAAGCUAAUGAGGGGUGAGCGUGAUUUGUCCACAGCCACCAUCUUCAUGGCUGAGUGAAGAUUGAAAUGAGGGCCUUUCCAGUCUCAGUCCAAUACACCAUUUGAUACAGCAUGCUGGCUCUCCUACAUAGCCCUCGUGUUUUGAGAACUAUCAGUCUAGCUGGUUACGACAGAAAAGGCCAAGAGAGUCAAAACAGCUGGAUUUUGUGGCACAUGGCUAUAAAAAUGUAUUGCUGAGAGGGGAGAAUCAUUUCCACCACAUUAAACCUGUUUUCUUCUCUUCCUUUUCUCCCUGUCAGCACAAACCAACCUAAAUUGUACAAAAUUGUCAGAAAGAACCUGACCAAAAUUCCACCAUGCCACUGGCUUUCUAUGGCAGUGGACAGAGAACCUGGUAAAGGGUGUAGGCCUUGCCUCAACCAGGACCAAUGACUGGGCAUGAACUUAAGAGAGGAUUAAAGUCCUUCAGUAGAGUCAUGAGUUCUCUUGAAGCUUCCAGUGCUGAGGUCUGCACAGAUAAUUUUUAAAUACAGGACUGUACAGAGGACAGAGCUGAAUUUAAUGGUUAAAACUGGACAAGGUAGGAGUCAAGAUAAAAGGGUGCUAUCCCUACCCAGAUUCUUUGUCUUGGUCUGUAGAGAUGAAUCACCAGUGUUCCCUCCACUGCUCCCUCUAACAGGGAUUCUUCGAUGUUAUUGGCUACAACUCCCAUAUUUCCCAGCCAAAGGCCACUGCAGCUGGAGAUGCUGGGAGUUGUAGUCAACAACAUCUGGGAAUCUCUGUUAGAGGGAACAGUGGUUCCCUCUAAUAGGGAUUCCCAGAUAUUGUUGACUACAACUCCCAGAAUCCCCAAGCAAAAGCCAUUAUAGCUGGGGAUUCUGGGAGUUGUAGUCAACAUCUGGGAACCCGUUAGAGGAAACACUGCCCUCAAGCCCCUUGCAGCCUUAGCCUUCUAGAUGUUUAAAUCAAGGCUAAAGGUCCAUAAUAUUUAGAAUCUGUGGAACAUACUCUAGUAUUUUCCAAGGGCAAACCUGCUUGAAAAUACCAGCUGCAGCGCUAUCAAAAAAGCCAUCCCUUCCUCGGAAGGGCAAAUGCCAAACCCAUCUGUAAAUCUUUUUGUCGCCAUCUUUUCUUUCCAAGAAAAACAAAAUGAAAACACAAAACAAAAAGAAGUUUCUUUUUCCUCAUCUGAGUGUUUAAAGAAAAUAAAAUCAGAAAUCUUAA